AAGGCAGGGAAGUCGUGGGGCAGACAGGAUGAGCUGGGAGAGGGCAGCCCGCCCCGGAGGACAGCCACGCUUCUCAGAGCUGUCUGGACAUCGUCCGCUUCAGCAGAACUCCAAGGACUGGGAAGGUGAAUGUGGACACGCAAGGAGGGAGCGCCCGCCCCCGCAGGGCCCAGGCUCAGGCUGGCGCCAGGUCUGGGCUGACGGGCAGGAGGCCUGAGUUCUAGUCCUCAUUCUGCCAUUGAUUUGCUGUGUGACCUUGGCAAACCUCCGCCCCUCUCUGAGUACCAGUGUGUACACUGAGAGAUUGGGUUGGCACGGAGCUGACCUGCAUGAGCACUGCGGACUGGAGGCACCAAAGGGGUGGCCAGCUACACCCUGCCACCCCAGCUACCCCCCACCCCAGCUGGUGACACAGUGGCCCUCAGGGGCCCCUGCUCAGCCUCAUCUACCCUCCUGCUCCUGUCUCAGCCUACAUAUACAGCCAUCCCCUCCCCUGUGAGCUGCCUGUCCUCUCCGCAGGGGUCCCCUUCUGUCCCCUGUUCCCCCGAGCUGUCGGGCUGCCAGCAGCUGUGACGGAGUGUCCUGCGUCAUGGUGAGUCAGAGCUCUUCCUCCAAGCCAGACCCAGCCACUCCGCGCCAGGAAUGGGAAAAAGGACACUUUCGCCUCCCCAGCCUGGGUCCCCACAGAGCCACCUCGGCAAGGCCAGACUUGGAGGGCAGAGCACGGGGGACUCUGAGCAGCUGCAACCGACAUGGUGCUCACUCAAAGAUCUGUUCACAAGUGCCCACAAGGACUGCCCCAUGCCCCGGGGCACAGACCCCCUCACCGCAGACCUGCCCCCCGGCCACCCUCCCGCCGCGGCUGCAGGCCAUGUCACUGGCAAGGACAAACAGCAGGAUUUCUGUUGGGAUCCUUGGCAGAGGUGCUUCCAGACCACCAACGGCUACCUGUGCGACUCCAGAGCCCGCGCCGGCAACUACAGCGUGGCGGCCCUGGCCACCUCGUCCCUCGUGGGCGUGGUGCAGAGCAUCAAGGACCACAUCACCAAGCCCACGGCCAUGGCGCGAGGCCGCGUGGCACACCUCAUCGAGUGGAAGGGCUGGAGCGCCCCGCGGGCGGGCUGGGCGCCGUCGCCAGCCGAGGACGAGCACUACUGCUGCCUCCCGGACGAGCUCCGCGAGGCGCGCUUCGCCGCAGGGGUGGCCGAACAGUUCGCCAUCACAGAAGCCACGCUGAGCGCCUGGUCCUCUCUGGACGACGAGGAGCUGCACCCUGAGGACAGCCCCGAGGAUGCUGUCCAGCUCCAGGACCUGGAGAGCAUCUACCUUCAGGACAGCCUUCGGAGCGGCCCCUUGGGAGACGACAGCCUCCUGGCCUUCUCAUCCCCCGGCCUCUCCCCGGACGACUGGCCCUCCCCCGAGGAGCCCCCCAUCCCAGCUGCUGGCUCGCAGCCCCCCAGCCCUGAGCAGCAGCAUCGCAGACGGCUGCCUGGGGGCCCGGGCCCGGAGGGUGGGGCCCCCCUGCAGGGCUCUCUGCCCUCCAUGGACAGCGGCUCCCUCUGGGAAGAGGAGGACGAGGUGUUCUACAACUGAGCCGGCCAGGGUGCAGCGCCCGCCCACACCUCACCGGGCCUGGCUGGCAGCCUCCGCACACGGGACCCCAGGUCUGGGCAUCUUGGGACCCCACCGGACAGGCACCCUUCAUGGACCACUGUGUGCCUCGUGGACCUGCCCCCCACAGGGGGAGCCGUGACCCCCUUCUCUCCUUGGCCCAGUGGGCCCCUUGCCCUCUGUGAGCUCAAGGACUCUGCAGCCGUCCCAGGGGAGCUGCCAGCCGUGUCCCCAGGCAGACGACAGGCCAUGGAAGGGACCAGGAGGCCCCCUUGGAGUGGGGCCUGGAGACCUGAUCUGCCUGGACCCGGCGUAGCCCCCACUCCCCGCGCCUGCCCCAUCCAAGGUGGGCCGCCUCUUCUGGUAGCUAAGCACCCUCGGGCUCCGUCCCCGGAGUGUCUGUCUGUCCCUCACCAUCCGGACCUCUUCCUCGGUGCCCAGCGCCUUCCCCCCGGGACCCCUCCCCCUCCUUGCACCCCCAGCUCCCCUUGGUUCUCUGGUGACAUUAAAGUGGUGGCUAUGUCCUGA